CACACACACACACACGCACACAGACACAGGUGAGGUGUAUCCGUUCACUCGGAGUCUGCCCGCUCACUUUCAUUGGCAGACGUCAGGUCCAGGAAGAGGCACAUGCGCACCGACGCUGCCACUCCCUCCGCAGCGCUUCGGUUUAUGACUGCUGGUACUGCUGCAGGUUACCACAGCAGCACACCGAUCACCCACCGCCCCUCUUCCACUCUCCGCCUCUCGACUCUUGCAUGUCCCCUCCCACCCACGCCACACGUGUCGGGCGCGACGCAUCACGUCCCCCGCACUCCCUCUUGCCAGACGUGCCCACAGCGUGCGAGUGUGGUGGGGUGUGCCACUCCGCUUUCAUUGCACCAGCGCCCGGCGCCUGGUCGAUAGCCACAUCCACAAUGCAGAAGAGAAAAUACAACACGUUACGCCCUCAUUCUCCUCAUUUUCGGACGGAGCACCCGCCCGAACCGCGCGCCUCUUCCCUCCUGAGGUGUGCGUUGGCCUUCGCCCCCCGCCGCUGCCGCCUCCGCGCCAAGACGGGUCGCACCUCGAGAGCGGCGGGAGUGACUGUGCGGCCGAAACAAACGGGACAAGAUCCGCUGUGUAGCGGAACAGCAGAGAAACGUGGUUGA